UUAUAUAGCAUCCUUGGGCCACACCCAUGCUAGGGCCAUUUCUACCUCUAUGCAACUGUUUGAUCAGCAGUCCGUGGUUCCCGUGAUGCUGCAUUUCUAUUGGUCGUAAACUGACUCGACCAGAUGCUCUGUUAACUCAAUUAGAGGGAGUUUAUCGUACAAAGUUCAGUAUCUUAAUGAAAAAUCUGUAUCGAAAUGGCCAAGUACAGGAAUGUGAAUAUCGGACCAUCAUUUCAAAAAGAAUCCUUUGACAUAAAUGACACAUUAGUGCAACUUAUCAAUAUAGAUGAAAUUGAACAAAACAUCGAUACUUUUGAAAAUGUUUCAUCGAAAAAGGCGCAGCCACAGAACUCCUUCAAGACCCGCAAAUCACCAAAGAGAAAUGGUAGAGAUGUAAAUCAAAGAAAUGACCGUGCAAAAACAGACAAUACCGACAGUGAAAUAGACCUUAGUUUCCUCAUUAAAGAUGCUAAGAGCAGUAGCAAUGGAUGUUACUAUGACAGUCAAACUAACGACGAUUUUUCCCAAUUUUGUGCUUCCACCCAAGUAGUAAGACAAAUAGACGAGAUUGUAGACAAUGUGUCCGCCAAUACAGGCGAUCGAGAUAUGCAAAGCAAGCGUAAGAGUUUAGAUGACGAUUUCAAGACAGUCGGACAAAGCAUGAAACGGCAACAUCAUGUGUUCAAGGAAAGCAAAGAAAUUAGUAAAGAUAAUCUCCAGCCUCAAAUAAGAAAAUUUCAAGCACCCACAAAUGUAAAAGCAACGUCUAAAUCUUUAAGUACCAGAAAAUUAUCAAAUACUACUUUAGCAAGUCAAAGAGGUGCUUCACAAACAUCUGACCAAUUACCUCUUUUCCACUUCUUGUUGGAGGAAAACCACCCACCCAAUACGCAAAAGCCUACUGAUUUAACGUGGCUAACGAGUCAUACUUCUGAUCCUAUUAAAUCAAUCCAGUCUACCCAAACGGAAGCAUUUAGUACCGGUAAAAGUAUCUUUCCAGAACCUUCUCUAAAUAAAAAAAAUAGUGAAGAACAUACUAAUAAUAUGCAGGCCGAUGAAGGUUACGAUAAUGUUGAAGCGGAUUUAAACAAAGAUAUUGAAGAGAGAAUGACACAACUAUUAAAAUCUGAUCAGUAUCGCAAAGAAGUGUCACAGUUAUUUACAAGGUUGGAACACUCGAUUUGCCAAUUUGGUGCAAAGGAAUCACAAACUAAAAAUGAUUGGCUUCAGGAUUCGUUUAUGAAUGAAACUAUUCUGUCUAAAAUUACGGGAGAAUGUGGGGAAACCAUCUCGGAUAUAAUCAAAAAAGCUUUAAAGGAAAAUCUAGAUAAAUCGCUCGUCACGAAAAAGCUUGUAAAUACGACUCUUACGACUUCACCGAUUGUUUUUAAAGAAAUGGGAAAGUUUUACGGGCUACCCAACAUAGUUGAAGAUCUUAUUAAAAAAUACAAAGGAAUCGAGAAUCUUUAUGAGUGGCAGCACGAAUGUUUAAGUCUCCCUGCUGUGAAAAAACGAAAAAAUUUGAUUUAUUCUUUGCCUACUAGCGGUGGGAAAACACUUGUAGCUGAAAUUUUAAUUCUUCGUGAAAUUUUGUGUCGGAAGCAGAAUGUCAUUUUUGUCUUACCAUACGUUUCAAUCGUCCAAGAAAAAGUUUGGGCACUGUCGCCGUUUGGAGUGGCGCUUGAUUUUUUAGUGGAAGAAUAUGCGGCCGGUAAAGGAGUUUAUCCCCCUAGAAAAAGACGUUACAAGAAUUCCGUGUAUAUAGCGACAACGGAAAAGGCCUUAGGUUUGAUUAACAGUUUAAUUGAAACAGGACGCUUAGGGGAACUCGGAUUGAUUGUAAUUGAUGAAUUACAUCUAAUUGGAGAAGAGCAACGAGGUCCCACCUUAGAAGCUCUUUUAACUAAAUUGAUGUACAUAGCAGUUGAUAUACACAUAGUAGGAAUGAGUGCUACUAUUGGAAACUUAUCAGAGUUAAGUCAGUUUUUAAAUGCUGAUGUGUACACGCGCAACUUUCGACCAGUAGAAUUAAUAGAAUAUGUGAAAUGCGGACAGAAAAUAGCAAAAGUGAAUCCAAACGCUGAUAACGAUCAGGUUUUUGAACCUUCUAGAGAAUCUGAUUUUGGUUAUUCCGAGAGGCAAAAUAAAAUUGAUCCAGAUCAUUUAGGCGCUCUGGUAAUGGAGGUUAUACCAACAGGUUCGUGUUUAAUAUUUUGUCCGACAAAGAAAAAUGCAGAGAAUGUAACGAAACUGCUUUGUGAUGUUGUAUCAAGAAAAUUAACAGAACAUAAGGUUUUGGAAAAGAAUCGAUUAUUUAAAGCUUUAAAGAAUGAUGCCACCAUAUGUAAUAUUUUGCAAAAAUCCAUUCCAUAUGGAAUUGCGUAUCAUCAUUCCGGUUUAACAACCGAAGAACGCCGUCUUAUUGAAGAAGCUUACAGAGCCGGCGUGGUGACUGUCAUUUGUUGCACAUCAACACUGGCGGCUGGUGUAAAUUUACCAGCAAAACGAGUAAUCAUUAGGAAACCAUAUAUAGCGCAAGAUUUUAUAAGUUUAUCACGAUAUAAACAAAUGAUAGGGCGUGCCGGUCGAGCCGGUUUAGGUGAAGUAGGUGAAAGUAUAUUGAUAUGUAAAUCGAUUGAGAUAGCCAAAGUGCAAGAGCUAUUUCUAUCACCUAUGGAUAAAACCUUGUCCAAAUUGCACGAGUCAGAAUGCUCACCUUUAAGGCAACUAUUUCUCAGCUGCAUUGCUUUGGGAACAGCUAAUACCAAAACACAACUGGAAACUGUGAUAAGUAAAACCUUACUGUUUGUACAACAAACACAACUAAACGUUUUUGUGGAAGGGUUAGUUAAGAAAGUUAUACAUGAUCUACAUAAACUUCAAGCUGUUGAAAUUGGAGAUAAGAAUAGUCUACCUUUAAAUGAUAUUACUUUUGCAUGUACUUACUUUUCUCCAAGCAUGAACGUCAGCGAACCGGUAAAAAAGAAACUUCUGAUUGACAAUAACACAAAGCUGGUAGUUAGCAAAUUGGGAAACGCGGCCAUGAAAGGAAAUUUAAGCCUAACUGACGCCCGUUUAUUAUAUAACGAUCUAACCAAAGCAAAAGACUGUCUGGUGUUGAUAAAUUGCUUACAUCUGUUGUACCUGGUUACGCCUUAUAACUUAGUGGACUUGAUUAAACCUGAAAAAACUCAAUUUCAUCACAUUUUGUCGAAACUGAAAAUUCAAGAGAAAAAAACAGCGGAUGUGUUAGGAAUUACAGACUCAUGUAUAUUUCGUAUGCUCAGUAAUCGACCAAUAAAGACUGUCUCUGAAGCUGUACUUCACCGGUUUUAUAUGUCGUUAAUGCUGUAUGAACUUUGGAAUGAAACUUCUGUUCUUGAUGUGUCUGAGAAAUAUCAAGUUAACAGAGGAAUUGUGCAAAAUUUAAUGACAAAUGCUGCCACUUUUUCUUCUAAUGUUGUUAAUUUUUGUGAACAGUUAGAUGAACUAUGGGCGUUUGUCUUUCUUCUAAAGGGAAUGAGUCAAAGAUUGUCUCACUGUUGUGGUAGAGACAUUUUGCCGCUUAUGGAAUUGCCAGCCGUUAAACAGGGGCGUGCCAAACAAUUAUAUAAUGCCGGCUUUAAAACAUUGCAAAGUAUUGCCAAAGCGGAUCCUGAGAGUUUAGUUAAUUCGAUAGAAUUUAUGUCGUACAAAGUAGCGAAUGAACUUAUAGCGGCUGCUAAGAUGUUGCUAUUGGAAAAAGUUGAAAAUCUGCGAGAGGAUGCUGAGGAUGUAUUGGACGGAGUGGAAAUAAGUGCAAAAUAGGCUAUUUUAUAUAUGUAGUAGUUUGUAUGUUCAGUUAUUUACGAAAUAAAAUGGAUUUAUUUGACCUCAUCAA